CCACCAAGGCAGUGUGUUGACGGAGUGAACCCAUCGAUAUUGCCUCUGUUCGUUCAGGAAAAACUCUUGGAAAAUGAUUCCCCCAAACGCAUCUCUCGUCAAAUAUGACAACCCAGUGCUUGUUAGUAGAAACACUGACAAGAAAACGCCUCGGGCGAAAGCACUGAAGGCGUCCCCCACUCCUCCAGCCCCCUCAGGCCCCGUGCCUGCUCCCCCAUCCAAAAGCAAAGGAUCUCCCAUGGAUGCUAAAGCCGCCCAGCAGACAGAUGAAAUUUUGAACUCAAUCCUUCCCCCAAGAGAAUGGACAGAGAACGGUCAGUUGUGGGUGCAGCAGGUGUCCAGCACUCCUGCCACUCGCCUGGACGUCGUAAACCUUCAGGAGGAGUUGGACCGACGCCUGCAGCAGAGACAAGCCAGAGAGACAGGAAUUUGCCCCGUCAGGCGGGAACUCUACUCACAGUGUUUCGACGAACUGAUUCGUCAAGUGACCAUCAACUGCGCAGAGCGAGGACUGUUGCUGUUGAGAGUGCGAGAUGAGAUCAGGAUGACAAUUGCAGCCUACCAGACCCUGUACGAGAGCAGCGUUGCGUUUGGAAUGCGAAAAGCCUUGCAAGCCGAGCAGGGGAAAGCUGACAUGGAGAAGAAGAUUUCAGAGUUGGAAAAAGAAAAGCUUGACCUGGAGCGGCAGGUGAAUGAGCUGAAGGCCAAGUGUGAGCAGAUUGAGAAGCGAGCCAACGAGCAGAAGCAGGUGGAGGAGAAGAAGCACACGGAAGAGAUCCAGUUCCUCAAGAGGACCAAUCAGCAGCUCAAGACUCAGUUGGAAGGAAUCAUAGCUCCGAAGAAGUAAACCAGUGCAGCACUGACGAGACCAACGACAACUUGUUGAAAGUAGGGGAAGUGGGAGGAGAGGGGGGAGUUGGCGGAGAGGGGAAAGUUCACGGAGAGGGGGGAGUGGGUGGAGUGAAGGGAGUUGGCGGAGAGGGGACAGUUCAUGAAGAGGGGGGAGUGGGUGGAGUGAAGAGAGUUGGCGGAGAGGGGACAGUUCACGGAGAGGGGAAAGUUCACGGAGAGGGGGGAGUGAAGGGAGUUAGCGGAGAGGGGGGAGUGGGGAAAGUUCACGGAGAGGGGGGAGUUGUCAAAGAGGGGGGAGAGGGGGAAGUUGGCAGAGAGGGGGGAGGAGCAGACGCGGCAGAAUCGGCCAGCGAGGCAGACCAGGUUUCCAGCAAUGACUCGGGCUUCGUGGAGGGGACACUCAAAGAAGGGGACGGCGGGGCAGAAUCCAGCACAAGGGAGGGAACCAACAACACAAGUCUCUCCUCUACCUCCGGAUAGACGGACAGAUGAGAGGAAUUUUUAACCGCACAAUGUAUGUGUGCGGCAUCUCAGAAAACAACAUUUUUGUCAGUUUUUCCAUUUUACUCUCCCAACUGUCCGUCACAAUAAUCAUGAGUGAGUCUUUUGGGUUUUUUUUUUCCCCCAACCAGCUGUGUUUCUAAAGUAGUUGUGUUGUCUUUUGCUGUCUACUUUCCAUACAGAGAGGUGAAGCUCAGCAAUUAUGUAUAAUUUUGCUGCCUGUACUCGUUAUAACCACAUUCCCAGAUGGGGUCAUGGCUCUGAUCUAUGUUGUCGAUGUAUUCUUGGGAUUCUCAGGAAAAAAAAAGAUUAUACUUCUUUUCAGUGAGAAAGACUUUCAAAGUUUGCAUUGGAAAGUUUCAGAAUGUUGAGUGGACAUGGGACACUUGUGCUGGGCUAAUCUGGUCCGUUUUCCUAGAGCCGAGAUAUUGGAAGUGACAGCCUGUAUACUGAUACCGCGUCCUCUUCCCCCGGAUGAUGAUGUUUUAGUAAGAGUUUUACGGCACUUGCAACACAAUAAGGUCAUAUAAGUGCCGAAGAUUAGGGGUAUUACAAGAGAGUAACAAACACAAAAAAGAAGAUGGGGAGAUAAGGACGUUAGAUGUUUGAUAGGAAAAAAGGAGCAAACCACACCAGAGCACCCGCCAACAACCCACCUUCCCCUGGAUGAAGAACUUGAUGCUCUAUGUGAGAGAGGGACUAAAGUGUUUGGGAUGGGGGGGGGGGGGGGGGGGGGGGGGGUAACACUCCUGUUGAGAAAAGUAUUCUUUCAUCAUAAGGCCAAAUGAAAUGUUUCAAGACAGAAGAGUUCUUAGGGAACGGUUGUCCUACUAUUCUAUCAGAUCAUCCCGUUUGUACAGUCAGAAGUUUGAGUUGUACUGUGAUAUAUGCAUAUAAAUGUCAAAUAUACAUUUCUACUCCUC